UGAGAACUUUCACCGUGAGAGACGGUGAACAGUCAGCUGACUGCGCCGAUCAGAACCGGCUGGACCUGCUGGACCUGCUGCUCCUGGCUCUGGCCCUGGUUCUGGUCCUGGUCCUCCUGGUCCUCCUGCGGCGAGCAGACAUGCGCUCCCAGCUGCUGCUCCUGCUGUGUGCAGUGGUUUGCUCUGGCGGAUUCAAACCGGUCGUCAUCGUUCACGGACUGUUUGAUGGACCGAAGCAGUUCCAGACGCUUUCAGAGUUCAUCAGGAAGGAUCACCCGGGAACCGACGUGACGCUGCUGAGCGCCUUCGACUACCUGGACAGCCUGCAGCCGCUGUGGAAGCAGGUUCGAACCCUCGCCGCCGUCCUGCAGGGGGCGCUGCAGCGGCCCGGCGGAGUCCACCUGCUCUGCUUCUCCCAGGGCGGCCUGGUGUGCCGGGCGCUGCUCAGCAUCAGCCCUCAGCACAACGUGCACAGCUUCAUCUCGCUGUCGUCUCCUCAGGCCGGGCAGUACGGAGACACAGACUACCUCAAGAAAUUCUUUCCAAAGUACCUGAAGGAGGCGCUGUUUCACUUCUGCUACACCGAGGCGGGACAGAAAGUCUCCAUCUGUAACUACUGGAACGACCCCCACCAACAGAGCCGCUUCCUGCAGAAGAACCACUUCCUGCCUCUGAUCAAUGGAGGCCAGCUGCACAACCAAUCAGCAGCUUGGAGGGAGAACUUCCUGCGUAUCAGGAAGUUGGUGCUGAUUGGAGGACCAGACGAUGAUGUCAUCACGCCGUGGCAGUCCAGCGUCUUCGGGUUCUACGACAGCAGGGAGCAGGUGGCGGACAUGAGGGACCAGGAGUUCUACCGGACGGACGCCUUCGGGCUGCGGACGCUGGACGCUCGUGGAGACGUCUCGCUGUGCGUCCACGCCGGAGUCAAACACGUCCAGUGGCACUCCAACUACUCGGUGUUCCACAGCUGCAUGAAGAAGUGGCUGACCUGAGAACCUGCCGGGGCGGGGGGGGGCAUCAUAACAGCCCAGAGUCAAAGGUUAAAGGUCAAUGUCCGAAAUUCACUGUGAAACGAGUGAAAAUGCUUCAUGUUUCACCGUCGCUGAAGAAACCUCUGACCCUCCGUCGUCUCCGUCAAUAAACGUCUCAAUAA